AUGUCUGAAACACAUUCACUUCCACAAGUCAUGCCUAUAACCAAUAACUCAUUUAUCAACUGUGCAUCAUUUCUGGAUCUUGGGACUGCACGAGAGGUUGAUGAAGCUCAUGGUGCACGUGUGAGUGAAAUGGUUAGCAGCAUUAACACUUACCAGAUGGAGUGUGAUCCUUAUAAUGUCUUGGGAAGACUACCUCAAUGUUUUGUUCGGGAGUUUGGUGAUUUAAUUGAUACACAUGUUAUCCUUCAGGAUCCUAAUGGCAACGAGAUCGAGGUUAGAGUUUUGAGAAAGUGUAAUGAAAUGUUCUUUGAACAGGGGUGGCUGGUUCUUAGGGACUUUUACAAUCUUUGGUUUGGAGCUUGGCUUAGAAUUAGAUAUGCUAAUCCCAGGCUUUUGGCAAUAAGUCUCACAUCCAGAUGGGGUAUUGAGGUUCCUUAUCCUUUGCAUGAUCCUCCUUCUAAGCAUAUGUUGGCUUCAGUUGGUAUACAUUCUAAGAUUGGGCUAUCCACCGUUGCUGGAGUUUCCUCUAAUCCAGUUGUGCCACCUAAAUCAUUUACACGUUCUUAUUUUAAGAAAUUAACAUCAUAUGAUGUUGAUUCUGGCAUUUUGAUUUUGCCCUGGUAUGGUUUUGGCGAAUUUGCAUUCGCCUUUACAUUCUCGAAUAUAGUUUUGGUUGAUCAUACCGGAUGUCGAUAUCCAUGUAGUUUACAGUUUGCAGUAGAUGAUGACGGUGAAUUGGCUUGCAAAGUUUCUGGCUAUUGGAUGGAAUUUUGCAAAAAACAUCACUUGAUGCAGGGUGAUAGGAUUCGUUUUGCUGUUAAUGAGCCUGCACGAAAUUAUGUCAUGUAUGUCUGUGUUUAUCCUCAGAUAGGAAGGAAACCACACUCAGUUAUCCUUUGA